AUGUUUUAUUUAAUCAUUUUUUAUACAAUAUUAAUUUUUAUAACAAAAAAUUUUGCACAAACACCAAAUAAUAUACGUAUAUUAGCAACUGAUAAAGAUUUUAUACGUUUAUCAUGGACAAAACCAACACGUUUAUCAUCAUCAAUAUAUGGUUAUACAAUAAAAUAUCGUCCUGUUAAAUCAAAUCAAUCAUGGAUUGUUAAACAAACAAAUAAAACAGAAAUUUUUUUAAAUGAACUUCAUCCAAUAACAAAAUAUGAAAUUAUUUUACAAGCUUAUUUAAAUUCAUCAUUUACUGAUUCAUCUGGACCAUCAACACGUAUUGAAGUAACAACAGAUGAAACAGUUCCACUUGUUGCACCAAUUAAUGUAAGCGCUUAUGUGAUUAAUCAAACAUCAGCAAAUAUAUCAUGGAUAUAUCCACUCGACAAAAAUAAUCCCGAUGAUAUCUCAUUACUUGGUGGAAUGAUAAAAGGUUUUUAUGUUAUUGUAUUUGCGCCAUUAUCAUUACAACCGCCUAUUGUACAUCGUAAUUAUGAAGGUACAAUUGGUAAAGAAUAUUGGGAUAUUAUUGGUAAUUUAACACCUGGUACAACAUAUCAUGCACAAGUAAAAGCUUUUACAAAAAAAGGCGAUGGAAAACCAAGUGUACCAUAUAUAUUUACAGUACCAAAAGAAGAUUUUCGUGAGUGA